AUUACGCUAAAUCUCUCCCACCUCAGCAUCUGGAGAGGGCAAACAGGUGGCCAUCAUGAAUCAGCGAGAGCAGAUGGACCAGAGGAGGGGGCAGUGGAGGAUCACAGUGUGGGAAGAAGAGAACUUCCAAGGCAAGCGUUGUGAGUUUAUGAUGGAGUGCCCGAACAUUUUGGACAGGGAUUUCCAAAAGAUCCGCUCUAUCAAGGUGGACAACGGCCCCUGGGUGGCUUAUGAGUACCCGGAGUUUCAGGGUCAGCAGUUCAUCUUGGAGAAGGGAGAUUACCCCUGCUACCAGGCCUGGAGUGGAAACAGCAGCUACCGCACUGAGCACCUGCUUUCCUUUAGACCCAUCAAAUGUGCCAACCACAGUGACAGUAAAAUUACCCUGUACGAGUGUCAGGACAUGAUGGGACGUAAGUUCGAGAUGUGCGAUGACUACCCCUCUCUUCAAGCCAUGGGAUGGUGCAGUAAGGAGGUUCCUUCUAUUAAAGUCAACUCUGGAGCCUGGGCGGGCUACCAGUUUCCAGGUUACCGUGGAUACCAGUAUAUCUUUGAGAGAGACAGACGUCAGGGAGAAUACAGGAACUACAAUGAGUUCGGCACCCAGGCCCACAGCAAUCAGAUCCAAUCAAUCCGACGAAUUCAGCACUAAACCCGCCCCCACUGUUAUCCUAUUGGCUACGGUUUAUCAAGCGACAGAAUGAGAUUACAUGAACCAAAGUAGGCAAUAAACGUUUUUCAUACUCCAUAAAAAUGAGUGUUCUUGUCGCCAUUCCUUUGAUUUACCAAGUCUACCCCCAGGAAAUUUAACGUUAGAUCGUUAAAGACUAGUGUUUUAGCUUAAUAUUUUAGAACAACUAAAUUGUCGUCAACUUGAGGCUUUCUGAGCCUUUGAACUCAAAAACGAAACUAUGGUUAACUUUUAGGAGUAGACAUCAUUAGAUUCAUAUUUAGGGUUUUGUCAGACAUUAACGUCAGACACAGAAUGUAUAUUGUUCUUGUCGGAUUGUAUUUUAUUUUCAAUAAAGAAAAGCAAUAAAUUAUGUUGUAUCAUG